UGCCCUUCUUUAGCACCUACUGUCAUGAUGGGAGGAACACAGGCCCCCAAAGGACCCCCACAGGAUACCAGCAUCAGUGUGGCAGCUGUGGACACAAAGACGGAUGGUGAGCAGAGCUUGUAACUUACGAGUUCAACACUUCCUCUCCUGCAAGUUCCAGCCUAGCCAUGGAUAUUCUCUGCAAAGAAAACGCUUCUUUGAGCUCAACUAUGAACUCCUUAAUGCAACUGAAUGAUGAACCAAGGCUCUACAAUAAUGACUUUAACUCCGGUGAAGAGAACACUUCAGAUGCAUUCAACUGGACAGUGGACUCCGAAAACCGCACCAACCUUUCCUGUGAGGGCUGUCACUCGCCACCCUGCUUCUCCUUACUUCAUCUUCAGGAAAAACACUGGUCUGCUCUGUUGACAGCUGUAGUGAUCAUUCUAACCAUUGCUGGAAACAUACUCGUCAUCAUGGCAGUGUCCCUAGAGAAAAAGCUGCAGAACGCCACCAACUAUUUCCUGAUGUCACUUGCUAUAGCAGAUAUGCUGCUGGGUUUCCUUGUCAUGCCUGUGUCCAUGCUAACCAUCCUCUAUGGUUACCGCUGGCCCCUGCCCAGCAAGCUGUGUGCUGUCUGGAUCUACCUGGACGUGCUCUUCUCCACAGCCUCCAUCAUGCACCUCUGUGCCAUCUCCCUGGACCGAUAUGUGGCCAUCCAGAAUCCCAUCCACCACAGUCGAUUCAACUCCAGAACUAAGGCAUUCCUCAAAAUUAUUGCAGUGUGGACCAUCUCAGUGGGUAUAUCUAUGCCAAUACCUGUCUUUGGACUACAGGACGAUUCCAAGGUCUUUAAAGAAGGGAGCUGCUUACUCGCUGAUGACAACUUUGUCCUGAUUGGUUCUUUUGUGUCAUUCUUCAUUCCCUUAACCAUUAUGGUGAUCACCUACUUUCUGACUAUCAAGUCACUCCAGAAAGAAGCCACUCUGUGUGUGAGCGAUCUUGGCACACGGUCCAAAUUAUCUUCUUUCAGCUUCCUCCCUCAGAGUUCCCUGUCUUCGGAAAAGCUCUUUCAGCGGUCCAUCCACAGGGAACCAGGGUCCUAUGGUAGGAGGACUAUGCAGUCCAUCAGUAAUGAGCAGAAAGCCUGCAAGGUGCUGGGCAUCGUCUUCUUUCUGUUCGUGGUGAUGUGGUGCCCCUUCUUCAUAACCAAUAUCAUGGCUGUCAUCUGCAAAGAAUCCUGCAAUGAGGAUGUCAUCGGAGCCCUGCUCAACGUGUUUGUCUGGAUUGGUUACCUCUCCUCUGCUGUUAACCCCCUAGUGUACACACUAUUCAAUAAGACCUAUAGGUCUGCUUUCUCGAGAUAUAUUCAGUGUCAGUACAAGGAGAAUAAAAAACCAUUACAGUUAAUUUUAGUAAACACUAUACCGGCUUUGGCCUACAAGUCUGAUAGUCAGCUCCAGACAGGACAAGAAAAGAAUUCAAACAAGGACACCAAAUCAACAGAUAAUGACUGCUCUAUGGUUACUCUAGGAAAACAACCUUCAGAAGAUGUUCCAGGGGACAAUAGCAACAUAGUGAAUGAAAAGGUUAGCUGUGUGUGAUACUCAUUGCCAUGGCAACCAGAAAGGGCAUACUGAGCAAGGUUUCAUUUAUCCAGAGGGCAGAAAAAGAAAGAAAAGGAGUCAAAUUAGAUGAGUAUAGUGGAGCCCAUAAUGAUAACUAUAUGCCUCAUUUUCUUCCAUCAAUGUAAAGCAGGGUUAAAUGCCACAAGAUGUGCACUUCAAAACAUUCUGACAGCAUUUCAGCUGUGAGCUUUAUGAUA